AUGAAACUUUUGACCCACAACUUUGUUUCUUCUCGAUUUUUGAAAGAUGUUAAAGGAGGAUAUCCAUUGAAAUUAUCAGCUCAAAAAAUCGAAACCAAAGAUGUUGAAUUCAAUGAGGAAUUUAUUAAGAAUAUUAUUCCGAAGGUGGGUUUUUAGCCAAAAAUUGGGGAAAACCAUGAAAAAUGAUGAAUUUUGAGCCAAAAACCAUGAAAAACGACGAAUUUUGACUAAAAAUAGCAAAUGCGCUCUAUUGAACUCUCCCCGUUUUGAUGAAAAAUUCAAAUUUUCAUUUUUUUUGCUUGAUGAGUUUUUGACCUUAAAUUUUGAAGGAAAAUACAAUUUUGGAAAAAAAAUCAAGAGCAUUGCUCAUAUUAAAGAAAAAUUCUCAAAUUUUGAAAUUUCAAACUGAAAAUUCAUAAAAAAUGAUAAAUUCUCAGCCUAAAUUUGAAGAAAAUUGGAAAUUUGUGAAAAUUUCUCAGAGCAUUGCUCAUGUUAGAAAAAUUUGAAAAAUUUAAUUUUUUGACCUGAAAUUUGAAGUUUUGUCCGAUUUUUCCAUACAAAAAUUCAAAAAAUCGAAAUUUUUAGAACUUUCAAGGGCAUUGCUCAUAUUAGAGUAAAUGCUCAAAAUCUUGAAAAAUCUGAAAUUUUAAGCUGAAAAUUCAUUAAAAAAAUGAUAAAUUUUGAGCCCAAAUUUGAGGAAAAUUUGAUUUUCUGAAGAGCAUUGCUCAUGUUAAAGAAGAAUGCUCGAAAUUUCCAGAAAAAUUUCUCAUAAAUUUUUGAAAAAAAAUUCAAAAAUCCAUUAACAUGAGCAAUUAUCCUAAUUGUUAUUAAAAUAAGCAUUGCUCAUAUUAGAAAAAUUCUCUAAUUUUCUCAAUUUUCAGUGUGAUUUCUCUGCUCUUCGCUCAGCUUGCGAAUCAAUCAACGAAGCCGCAAAUUUGCCACAAACAUUGCCCGAAAAUUGGAUUGAAAAUGAGGAAUUGUUGAAAGAGGUAAGCAGCAUUGCUCAUGUUAGAGUAAAAUGCUGAAAAUCUGGAAUUUUCAGCUCCACCGCCUUCUUUUCUGCAUCGAUAUAAUUGAAGGCGAACUUCAAUGUCCAGAUACCGCAAGAAUUUUCCCAAUAAAACAAGGAAUCCCGAAUUUGUUGGUCGAAGAUGAACAGGUUAGAAAUACUUCGGAAUCAGGCUAGAUUUGCUGAAAAUGAACUGAAAAUCAUGAAUUUUGAUAAAAAAUGAGCUGAAAAUGACGAAUUUUGACUAAAAAUAGCAAAUUCGCUCCAUUGAACUCACCCCAUUUCUAGAAAAAAUUCAAAUUUUUAUUUUUUUUUUCCUGACUAAAUUUUUGAGCUGAAAAGUGGCGUUUUGUCUGUAAAUUUGAAUUUUCGAGCAAAAAUACUGGAAAAUUCGAAAUUUUGACCAAAAAAUUGACUAAAAACAGCAAAUGCGCUCCAUUGAACUCUUCCCGUUUUCAUGGAAAAUUCAAAUUUUCAUUUUUUUUUUCCUGACUAAAUUUUGAGCUGAAAAGUGGUGUUUUGUCUGUAAAUUCAAAUUUUCGAGAAAAAGACAGGAAAAUUUGAAAUUUUGACGAAAAACAGCAAAUGCGCUCCAUUGAACUCUCCCCGUUUCUAUGAAAAAUUUAAAUUUUCAUUUUUUUGUCCUGAUCAUUUUUAGCUCAAUUUUCAGCAGAUUUGGCUGAAAUUAUCCAGAAUUUCCCUUGAAAAUCCAAUUUUUGCAGAAAUAA